ACGAGAGCAACAGUACUGGGAGGAGGAGCUCUUCAAGCAGGGAGUGCUUGAAGAGGAGCCCGAGGAGCCCGAAGGCAGAGGGCUCUGAUUCUGUGACAUCUCAGUCCUCACCCAGUGAAGAAGCUGGAAUGAUGACUGAGGUGAAAGUGAAAACAGAGGUACCAGAUGACUAUAUUGAAGAGGUGAUCUGGCAGGAUGACACCAAAGAUUCCAAGAAGAGCAUAAAGGAUGGGCCGGGAGAUGUGCCAGCAGAGAUCUGUGUGGUCAUAGGUGGGGUCCGCAACCAGCAGACACUCGAUGGAAAAGCAGUGGAACGUGGCUCUCCAGUUGGAUAUACACGAAAUCGAUAUUCAGGGACCUGGAUUUUUGACCAUGCAUUGAGAUACACGUCCGGGUCUUAUGAGUGUGGAAUAUGUGGGAAGAAAUACAAGUAUUACAACUGUUUCCAGACCCAUGUGCGAGCGCAUAGAGACCCCUAUGACCAGGCCGUCAUAGCAGCAGAUGAAGUGAAGGAGGAGGAGCCGGAACCGUUUCAGAAGAUUGGUCCAAAAACUGGCAAUUACACCUGUGAAUUCUGUGGCAAGCAGUACAAAUAUUACACUCCCUACCAAGAACAUGUGGCGCUACAUGCACCUAUUAGUGAGUAUCCUGAUGGAGAUCUAUUUCAUUAUGAACUGUGA